UUUAACAAAAGAGGUAACCUGCAGCUAUGGAAUCACCGACUAAGGAAAUCGAAGAAUUUGAGAGCAACUCUCUGAAAUAUCUGCAGCCAGAGCAAAUAGAGAAAAUCUGGCUUCGUCUCCGAGGCUUGAGAAAAUACAAGAAAACGUCACAGAGAUUGCGGUCUUUGGUAAAGCAAUUAGAGAGAGGGGAAGCUUCGGUUGUAGACCUAAAGAAGAAUUUGGAAUAUGCUGCGACUGUUCUUGAGUCAGUAUACAUUGACGAAACUAGGCGUUUACUGGACACAGAAGAUGAACUCAGUGAUAUUCAGUCUGACUCUGUGCCCUCAGAGGUCCGUGACUGGUUGGCUUCUACCUUCACACGGCAAAUGGGGAUGAUGCUCAAAAGGACAGAGGAAAAACCCCGGUUCAGGAGUAUUGUCCAUGCAGUACAAGCUGGGAUAUUUGUAGAAAGAAUGUACAGACGGACUUCAAAUAUGGUUGGCUUGAGCUACCCACCAGCUGUAAUUGGAGUGCUAAAGAAUGUUGACAAGUGGUCCUUUGAUGUAUUUGCACUAAAUGAUGCCAGUGGGGAUCAUGCACUGAAAUUCAUUUUCUAUGAACUUCUCACACGCUAUGAUCUGAUCAACCGUUUCAAGAUUCCCAUUUCUGCCCUGGUGUCCUUUGUGGAAGCUCUGGAGGUUGGCUACAGCAAACACAAAAAUCCUUAUCACAACCUAAUGCACGCUGCAGAUGUGACACAGACAGUCCAUUACCUCCUUUUCAAGACAGGCAUAGUGCACUGGCUGACAGAGCUGGAGAUCUUCGCUAUGAUCUUUGCAGCUGCCAUACAUGACUAUGAACACACUGGAACCACUAACAACUUUCACAUCCAGACACGGUCAGACUCAGCCAUUCUAUAUAAUGACCGGUCUGUGCUUGAAAAUCACCAUGUUAGUGCGGCGUAUCGUCUUUUGCAAGAUGAUGAAGAGAUGAAUAUUUUAUCUAAUCUCUCAAAGGAUGAUUGGAGAGAAUUCAGAGCUCUAGUGAUUGAGAUGGUGUUGGCCACUGACAUGUCCUGUCAUUUCCAGCAAAUCAAAGCUAUGAAGAAUGCUUUGCAGCAGCCAGAAGGAAUUGACAAGCCGAAAGCCUUAUCACUGUUGUUACAUACAGCAGAUAUCAGUCAUCCAGCCAAGGCUUGGGAUCUCCACCAUCGCUGGACAAUGUCUUUGCUAGAGGAGUUCUUCAGACAGGGUGACAAAGAAGCAGAACUAGGGCUGCCCUUCUCUCCCCUGUGUGAUCGCAAAUCUACUAUGGUUGCUCAGUCUCAAAUAGGUUUCAUUGAUUUCAUUGUGGAACCCACUUUUACUGUGCUGACUGACAUGACAGAGAAGAUUGUGACUCCACUCAUCAAUGAAGCUUCCCACCCUGGCAUGUCCGGAUUCAGGCGCUCCAGCCUAAAUAACAUUAGUCCCUCCGAAGUUAAAAGAUCAAGUGUCAAGAGCACUGGGUCCGAAGGAAGUGCCUCACUUAACUGCUCCAUACUCACUGUGGACUUCAAAUGUUUUAAAGCCACCUGGACUGAGGUGGUGCAGCAGAACAGGGAGAAAUGGAAAGCGCAAGCCACCAAAGAUGCAGAAGAAAAAGAUGAGAAAGAAGCAGAGGAAAAUGCCUAUCAGGGAACAGAUGAAAAGGAAAGCGAAAAGGGUGAGAAGCCAGCUGAAGAUACCACAGCAACAAAUACAGAGAACAGCAAAGAACCAAAUCCUGGGGAAAACAAAAGCACAGAUUCCAGUAAAAAUUCUGUAAAUGAGACUCAGCAAAGGGGCAUGAACAAACAGAAAGCCUCUCAAGGGAAAAACAUACCUAGGACAGAUAAGGGAACAGACUCUCAUCACACAGUGGGAGAAGAGAAACAGCAUGUCCAGAAUGCUGAAUUAAAGGAAGACAAUAAGUUGGACAAAAGAGAUGAGUCCAGUGUGGGGGAUGAAUCAAAGAAAACAGAUGAUUCUGCUCCUGGCUCCACAGGAGGUGAGGAUGGAGAGCUCUUUAGUGUCACAGCCAUCAAACCUCAGCUGCAUCACCUCAGGAGGCCCACUCACAGCUCAGGAGACUAUUUCCCUGCCUUCCACAAGAAAUUGGAGGAACAUCAAGUGAGAUGUAAAGUGCUUGACGAGAGGGAAAGGAUAAAGAAGAUUCAACAUAUUUCCCAGAGCUGGAAUAGGAAAUAGCAGAAGAGUUAAAGAGGCAUCUUGUGGAAUGAUGCUUCUCACAGGCAGAUGGAGGAUAUUUUGCACAGGCCAUACUACAUUGUACAGCAGCUGCAAUUUUGAAUAAAAGCAAGUGUAUGAUUUAACUAAAUUAUAUAAUGGACAUUUUGUUAGAAAUGUUCUCAGUAGCCUUAUUAUUGCAGCAUAUGCCCAUUUAGUACUAAAGUAUUGGGCUGCUGCUUUAAAAGAUGUAACUGUAUAUGGAUUGUCUCCUAUCAAAUUAAGCCAAUGCUUUCCUAGAUUAUUGGGCUCCUUAUGGCGUUCUCAAUGCGACCUUCUGCUUACCACAGGUAAAACAAUAACUCUUAUUUCAGAAAGCAAGGGAAAAUUUUUUAUUGUCUAGCAGUACUGAGAAUAAAUGUCCUCCUGUCAUAGUGUGACCUAUCAGGAGGAUGCAGGUGGAAGGCUGGAGUACAAAGUCCUCUCCCUUCACUCAUUGGAAAAAGAACACAUAGCACAGCAUUAAAAUUGUUCUUUGCUCAAACUCUGUUGAAUGUUAAAUAACACUGAUUGUUUUCUAUGGCAUUAAUUUAGUUGAGUUUGAUCUCAUGUGUUCUUUUGAUGGAUAGUGUCCCAUGGCUCUGAGUUUCACAGUUGAACGUGACCCUUCUGAAAAAGUUGCUCUUGCCCCCAGAUUUUGCACUUUGAGAAACAGUGGCAAAUAGCUCUCUGCCCUCUUUCUGGAAACCCCUGGUGGUUUACAUACUACCUCAAUUGUCCCUUUCCAGUCCUUUUUUUACUCUCCUCAGAGGCAAACCUGCUCUACUUUAUAUCUUCCUUGCUGCUCUUCACUAUAUCUCUCUUUGUUUUAAUCUAAGGAGAGAAUGAGUACUGCACGUGGCUCGUGUCAGGUACACCAGAAAACUAUAAAAUAGUGUAAUGACACUUUCCAUUUCAUCUUCCAAGCUUUUCUGAAUAGAUUUUUAAGUUGUACUUUCAUUUUUGAACCUCCUUGAGGACUGAGCAGUAGUUUCUGUAGAAUUACCUAUAAUAAAUACUAAUUAAUUUAUAGCCAAAACACACAUACAGAGUUGCGGAGUUGGGGUUUCCUCUCCCUAUAUGCCUCAUUCUGCACUUGCCAACACUGAAUUGGUGGUUUUGCCAAUUACACUGAAGUAAGCUGCUGCUUCUUAUUUUUCUAUUUCUUCUCCACUUUACAUUCUUCAUUUCUGUUUCUUGCUUGCUUUCUUCUUCUACCAAAUCACGUCUUCUGGAUAAGCACAUUGAAUAGCAGAAACAACAAUCCUCCUUUACUAUGAAUCCUGACCAUUUCAUAACAAUUUUUAAUUUAUUUCUGCUUUUUUUUUUUUCCCCAUUGCUAACUAGUUGUUUACCUAUCUUAAGAUCAUAUGUUGCAAACUUCUUUCAAUCCAUGACAGCUCAGUAGCUUUGACAGUCUUUGGGUCAAACCCUUGUCAAAAUAGAGAACAGCAAAGCAUAUUGGCUCCUUCAAGGAGUGUCGAGGUUUGUGAAGCAAAAUUUCUCGUACAAAAACUUGGCUGAACACUCUCUGUCAUAAGUAUUCCUGCUAUGAGUAUCCCCACUACCUACUAGUUCUAUUAUUUAUAUUUGUGAAAAAUUUGCUCACUGUGAAUUUGCAUUGUUAUACAUUACAAGUUUGUAAUCAUGUCUAACAGCAAAACUACACCAGCUGGUGUAUCCACCAUUGCUGCAGGACAGUCACAUUGAAAUCAUGGCUGGUUGUUGAAUGAAAAAAGCCAAGGUGUAUUUCCAGUGUUAUAGAUGCCCUUCACUGCAAUUCCAGGCACACUCGCCGCAAGGUCUCACACCUUUUCACAGUGUUUUGCUAGACAUCUUCACUGCCUGAGUACUCUGAUGUCACCAUGUUUCAGUUAUUUUCACAGUUGUACCCUGUGCUUCAUGUUUGUGAUACUGACCUUCACCACCACCAGCACUUGUGACUCCAGCAGCGGGGCUGGGUCACUGCCUAAACCAAAUGUGAAAAGUAAUGCACUUUAAAGCCUCCUGCUUAUGAAAUAUAUUUAUCUCCAGGAAUUUUCUGAGAACUGUAUUUUGCUUGUAGAAUACCCUAAGAUAUUUUACACAAAUUGGCUGUAUACUGCAUGUAUUACAUCCAUGUAUAUAUAUGAAUAUGUGCAAAAUUACUUCUGUGUCAUUUCCUUCCCUUUAGGGCAGUUUACCUAAUAGAGAACCUGACUGUUCUCUGGACAAGUGGACAGCACUAGGUCACCUGUAG